AUGUCUUUACAAACUGCAAAAACUUCACAUCCUAAAAGAUUUCUCAAGAAUUCUUCAAAAAUUCUAAUUGGAUCCACAAAUCAACAAAAUUCGAAUGAAACAUCCAUACCAAUUCAGAUUAACGCGAUUGUUGAUAUGAAAUUUAUAUUUGGUGAACAAUACGCAAAAGUAUCAUUUGAAGUAGAUCAAUCAUUACAACCGCAAUGGGAGCCUGUGAAAAAUAUACAAGGUGUAGAAGGAUUGAUACUCAAAUUUCAACAACUGAGAGAAGAAGAAGAACGUGCAGGACGUGAAGAGCGUUUAAAAGAGUUGAAAAAACGGCCAAAUUUAUAUUUGCAUAAAGAUUAUAAAGCAACCACCAAUGUCUCCGAUCAGGUUUCUAACAAUACGAUUAAUGUUUACAGCUCAAAAUUAAAAACCGUGACAUUUGCUCAAAAUCCCAAUUCUGUGCAAGUGCAAAUCCCAAUACCAAAAAUUCCAAUUGAAAAUGUGAAUAAUUCUAGCUUGAUAAAAACUGGCUUUACACAUAAACCUAUCCUUAAAAGUGCUUUGCGAAUUUCAAAAGUUGCUGAAAAUCAAAACAGACCUUGGCAAUGGAACGGUAUCUUAUUUAAGGGAAAAAUGAGGGAUUUUGUAGCAAAAGUAAUUGUUAAGCCGGUUAAAGAAGGAUCUAAUUACAAAAUUAUUUUGGAUACGUUGGGGUUAAAUAAUGCUAUCUGCAUUACUAAUGCCAUAUCGUUAUCAUAUGCUUUAUAUUUAGUAGGAAAAAAUAGAAAAGAGUUGAGUGAUAUUUUUUUAAUGGAAUGUGAAAGCGGAAAUUUGAAAGAAGAACAGAUCAUUAUGAAGUUGCACAAUUUGGUCACGUUUAUUCGAUUGGAAAAUGAUUAUAAUGGAAUAUAUUUUUUUGUAUUUGCCGAUUAUCGAUGGCUUUGUGAGAACCUUAGUUUCGAUCAAGAGACUACAGAACCUAUACUUCUCGUAGCCAAAAAUGUGAAAAUCAAGCAAAGAUAUUUGAUUGUUCAACAACCUACGGUUCAAUUGCUUGAUUAUGAAACAAACCGUAAUGCAAAUUAUUAUAAAGCAAAGACGGAAUUAAUUGCUAAUGGUUAUAACGAUUUCAUAACAAAAUUAUGUGAACAAAAACCGAACUUUACGGUAUACGCGAAUCUUAAAUUUGGUGAGACAGAAAGUAUAAUUAAUGUGAUGAGAGCAUUCGGAGCAAAUUAUCUUCCGAAUUAUUAUUGCGAUAAUAUGGACUUGGUUUUGGUUCAUGUAUUAAUGCUGGAUCAGAUCAAUUUCAUGCCAAACUUGAUAAAACUAAAACGUCAACAACAAUGUAAAUUCUUUGUAUAUGGUUGGGAUUUCAUGCGACAAGAUUCUAUCAAAUUCGAAGAACACUUUAUUUCAGGAGGUUUUUUAUCAGUUACGAUAAAAACUUUACUUGAAGAAGGAAAUGGCUUGCAAAGAAUUUUGGAUAUUAUUGAAUAUCAAAAGGAAAAAGGCGUAAAUUGGAAAAUUCUGUUAGAUCCUGAAAUAAAAUAUCAUAAUUAUAAUUUUGAUGCUUUAAUCAAUCCCAACCUAAAUGACGAGUAUAGUGAAAUUGAAGAAGUUGAUUAUUUUGAUAUACUUUUAUGGAGAAAGGAUACUACUAAUCAAUUACAAAGACAUUGUAUACUCAUCGCAAAUGAAGAAGAAACUUUUUCUCGUCCGAAAAUUCCUGGU